CAGGAAGCUCUUUUGACAAAGCUCAAGGCCGAGCAAGUUCGCCUGGAGAAAGACGCCUUCCGACAGGCCAACCAUCUCGAAAGUCACCGUCCAAGAGAAAGAAGAAGACCCGAUCUACGCCCAAGAAACCGACACCAAUCGCCCGUAAGAAAAACCCCACCAAAACAUCCAACAAACAAGUAACUAUUGGCGAGGAGCACAAUACGAUGAAGUCACCACCCAGAGCCACGGGGACAAACCGUCACGCUCCACCAACACCGGCUACAACCAACAACAAUGGGAAUCAAGACACCAGUCAGUUCAUCCUCCAGACAAUCCUACAGUCGACCGAGCCCAUGAUGAGACAAAUGCAGGCAACGGCGGAACGUCUCGCACAAGUGACAGAACGACUUCAAGAAAAGGUGGCUAACCCACCAUCUGAAGGCCCGAGGACCACCGCACGACAGCUGGAACCUGACCUCCAUGGGGCACACAACAGACUCAUUCAAUACAACCAAGGAACAACACCCAACGGAGGAGAAGAUGAAGUCCCAAGAGGCCCAAAUGGAGAGGUACUCAUCAACCAACACGAUCCUCCCGUAUGCAUUGGGCAAGUGGAUAGCUCCAAGGAUGACAAGGACAAAAUUCACGGCCUUUCCAUAUUCGACAGUCAGAUUGACAGGGCAAUGAUGCCAGAAGCUUUACCAAGAAGCCAAUACAAGGGACUAUACGAUGUAAUGAAUGAUAUUGCGAGUUUACCAGGUACGUGCUCACCAAAGGGAGGAGGUGGUGAUGUGGACGUUAAUACGGACACUACGGACAUUAUGCAGCAGUUCUUGGAGACCGUGGAAUCUAGCAAGAACCCCUCCAUGAAGACUAAGAUCACCGACAUCCAUUACCCCAAGACUUCCAGACACGGGCUGGCUUUAAUCAAGUCAGAAGCCGACCUCUUCAAAGCGGCCAGCACUAUCGCAGAAGACAAGGAGCUCACCUCUUGGAACCAACGACUCCGCGUCCAAUCCUACCUACAUAACCGGGGAUAUAUGAAGGACUUCAUUGACGAUUACUUGGAACGACUCAUUAUCCGAGAAACUCUGACCAACUACACCGCACUCAUCAACAAGAUCCGGCAAAAGAGAAUCGAUGGCAUGAGCGACGCGUGGAAAGGGUCGGAAGCCUACCUCCUGCUCUCCCACCACUCCAAGGAACUACUGAGAAUCCGAGUCCACUCCACCAGCAAAAGACUGUUACUAUUCCAGAACUACAUCUACCUUCGUGACGCCCAAGCGAAGAACUUCAACAGCAACAAGAUCACGGAGAAGACCAUCACCAACGUCAGAGAAGAGAAUCGUCUCUUCCAAGAGGCCCUGGAUUCCCGAUUGGAGGCACUUGUGGAGGAGAGACUAGCGGAACAUCUUGCCAAGAACAAGAAGGGUGCGGGCAAAGGCAACGACAAACCCAAAUGCUCUUGGUGCCACAACAGGGAUCUACACAUUGCUCUAGGAAUCGAACACACUCCAAAAGCCUGUCCCCUCAGAAGCCAUCCAACUACCUGGGCCAAGAAGGCCUGCCGAAAAGUCCUCCAAACUUACAAAGCGGAUCCCAAGCGACCUAUUGCGGAGAUCGUAAAGGAAGUAUCCGAGGGUGAGCAAAAGUGUAGCGUUGACGAUGAUACGACAGGAGUGACGGCAGGAGUUGAAAGACGGAGAGUGGCUACGACGGGUUUGUUAGGACUGAGAACUAUGGGAGUAAUAGGGGGUGGAUGUGAACUCAUGCGAUAUGCAUGGCCCAAGUUGGAUCUAUUGUUCUCGAUCCGACAUAAGGAGGAGACAAUACCAACAGAUCUUGUGGAUCCACCAUUGGUUCGACUCGGACCACACCGCUCAUGGUUGGGCCUCCUGGAGAACCAUCCGGUGGAUCUACUAAUUAUUGAAAAGGGAAACCACAAGGUCCCAACACGAGGACCUCAACAACAACCUUGGGAAGACAUGAUUGCCUCCGUGUCUCUCAAGCAAAGACCAACAAUUGUGAUAGAAUCCUGGAGAACGGAUCCGACUCUAUGGCAGUACGAGCCUACCAGCAAAGCGUCAACUACUAGAUGGAAAGAACUUGGGUACCAGACAAACUGUCGUGCCAUCAAUGCGACGGCAGUGGGAGGGGCCAUCGACCAAUCCCGUCUCUUGGUCAUCCGAACGAAGAUUGAAUCUGAAUUGAACUGGAAAUGGGACAGCUUGGAUCGGGACCUCUCAGUGAUCCGACCAAUGAGCAACCUUCUGACCCCGCUGGGUCUAGUGCCCAAACGAGCCUACUCUCCAUGGGGAAGCCCAAACACACCGAAGGCCUUCAGCGACCCAAUGCCCCAUCGAAUCGGAGCCUGGAUUGAGACAGAAAAGGGGAUCCGUCGCUUGAUGAAAGACGAACUAGCCCAAGGCCUUGGCAUCCCAAAAGGUGCUGAAGAAGGAAAUUCCGCUCACAGCCUUCAUCGAAGUACAUCGCUGUUCCACUGGGAGUAUUUGUCGUACUCGAUGGAACGCCUCAAAGACCAUGGGACACCUGGAUCGGAUCAUGGCCCCAGGCCAUUUCUACUGAUGGGGAAUCCGCCUCUCCCAUCCCCAAGGACGAGAAGGAGUUCACAUGGCGCCCCCCCCGACCUGUCCCUUGAUGGAUUGUGGCACCAGCUACGUAUUGCUAACCUACGCAAGGCAUCCGACCAGUAA